GUGAAACAUCGUGAAACAUUGCAACGUCAUGUCGCUUCCGAGGAAUCUGCGGCACAUCCAGGCCUUGGCGAAGCAGCAAGCCAACACCGUAACACUCGGGCAGCUCCUGAGAACCACACGGUCUGACCCGACCUCUUUGAUCCGUCAGGGCCAAUGGCUUCGAAGCCAGCUCCCGAUUCGCUUUGCCCGGCGGCUGGAUGAGUUUCUGCAGCUCCCGUAUGUCGUAGUCCACAACAGCAACAUCAAGCAGGUCUUUGACAUCUACAUAGAUACUUUUGAGAGUGUCUCCGAUUUCCCCACCAUCAUUACGGAGAGAGACGAGGCAGACUUUGUCUCCCUGAUCCGAGCACAGCUGGAAAAGCAUCAGCAAGUAGCCCGCUUGGUGGCAGAAGGGUAUCGAGAGGUUCGGCACAACUAUCCCCACUUCCGCCUGGACAGCUUUUUAGACCGUUUAUUCAUCACCCGCAUCUCCGCAAGAAUUCUGAUGGAAAACUACAUUCGCAUGCGCACUCCGCAGGAGGGCCACAUAGGUGUUGUUCAAAAGGAGCUUUCUCCGCUUCGUGUGUUGCAGGAUUUGAGCACCGAGAUCACUCGUCUUACAGAGGCGAUCUAUGGCGUAGCCCCGGAAAUUGAGUUUCGGGGCAACCUGACCUGCACGCUGGAUUACAUUCCCAGACACGUACAGUUCAUGUGUCAGGAGCUGCUGAAGAACGCAGUACGCGCCACCACAGAACGUCACAAGCCGCGCAAUCUCGCAGGUUUCGGCUUCACUUCAGAGCCGGCAAGUAUUCCAAGAGUUGCCGUUGAAUUGCAGAAGGGCGAUGUGCAUGUGAUCAUCAAAAUCAGCGACCAGGGCGGCGGAAUGCCAAAAAAGAUUCAGGAAGAGGCCUGGCAGUAUGGUUGGACCACUGCCGACAAUGAGGAUGAUGCAGAUCCUUACUCUGGAUGCUCCUGGCGGAAGGAGCUGGCUGGGUACGGCUUCGGCUUGCCCCUGACAAGGCUGCAUGCGCAGUACUUUGGCGGGGAUGUGUUCAUGCAGGCGUUGCCUGGUCACGGUACGGACAUGUACUUGCUGCUGAACCACUUGAAGGAAGGGAGUCCUUCAAUCGAAGAGGACGAUCCUUCCACAGCUCUGACCGAGACCGAGAACCGAUCUGUGAAUGCGCCAUAGCGGAUUCUAUGAUGCACCAUGCAGCAUAGCGCCACUUCGGAUUGCCCCAAAGCGAUGCGAUGUACAUAACGCGAAUGGCAACCUGCGUUGCAAUGACGUGCCAAUGAUCCAUG